UUAAUAGUUUAAUUUACAUAAUGUAUAAAUGAGGGGAAUACGGUGUAAACGCACCUUAACUGUAAUCAUUGUUUUAUUGAUGUUUUUUGAACAAUAUACGUGCAAAUUGGAGCCUUUUGUUGAAGUUGUCACAACUAACGGUACUUUCAACUUUAUUGAUAUAUUGAAUGAGAAUAAGAAAUACCAGGCUAUUCAGGACUUUUGCCCUUUGAAGAUAGUAGGUGGUAAGGCAGUCAGCAGUGCUUUGGUGCCUUAUCAGGUAAAUUAAACUUACCUCUUUACAAAACUCAUUUAAUUUCGUAACCUUUAGACAUUUCACAUUGCUGUUGAUUCAUAAUUCCUAACAGUGUGACUAGAGAAAUUUAUAAUAACUGUAGGUUAUUAUCUGAAUAGUAGAAAAAGGUGUAUUAGUUAUUAUUACUUAUUUUUCAGGUUUAUUGCAUUACACAUUCCUACGCGUAACAAUACAAUAGUCAAUAGCUCUAUAAAUCAACUCAUUUAUAAUUCAAUAUGACUACGACAAAAACUCACUACACCGAAUGUGUAUGAAUCGUGACCGAUUACAUAGUUAAGACAAAGUUUUUUUCUAUAAGAAAGGUCUAGCGAUCAUAACAUGUAAUAAUAUUCUAUUACUUGAAAUUCUUAAAUUCGCAACAAAAUAGAGCUAUUUUUCACCUAUCUACAAUAUCCAGAUGCUGGCAUUUAUGGAAUACUAGCUGUAACCCACGACUCCGUCUGCGCGGAAUUAAAAAAAAAACUUAAUAAGUAGCCUAUGUGUUCUUCCAGACUAUGUUCUAGUGGGUAUCCCUUAAUAGUAUUGAGCUUAUUAGCUUAAUCGAUUUAUAAAUAGUGUGAAAUAAAUUUAUGGCUUCAGUUUUCUUGACUUUGUUAUUUUUAUUUAACGUUUUGUUGAUCAUUAUUUUUUUCAGGUAGCUUUAAGAAAACCACAUUAUAUUGGAAUGUAUUGGGACUCUUUUUGUGGUGGUUCACUCGUCACUUAUAAAUAUGUGCUCACCGCCGCUCACUGUAUUGUUUCCGAUAAAUUAAAAUUAAUAGCGAGUGAUAUUCGAGUGGUCGCGGGCUCCGCGCUGUCAGGUUCGAUGUUCCUCGCCAUGUAUUUCGAGAACUGGCGCAGCGUCGAGCAUUACUACAUACAUAUGAACUACCAUACAACAUUCCUGGAAAAUGACAUUGCUCUACUUAACUUGCAAAAGCCAUUUAUCAAAUCAAUUGCGGUAAGACCUAUACGCCUACACACCGAAGAUUUAAAUGUGAAUAUCGACGUCGGCUCCAAAUGUAUGAUUUCUGGUUUCGGUACCAAAGAAAAUAAUGAACCGUCAGCAGAGUUGAGAAUGGUGUGCAUACCAAUUUUGCCAACCACGAAAUGCGAAGAGACGUAUGGUAUGGCGUAUCAACGUGAUUUCUACUGGUGCGUCGGCGCUAAAGGGAAGGACAGUUGUCAAGGUGAUUCCGGAGGUCCCCUUGUGUGCUACGGAGUUCAAGUUGGCAUCGUGUCGUGGGGUAGCGACUGCGGGAUGUACCCUGGAGUUUAUACACGGAUUUUGCCACUGACCAAACAGCAAUAUGUGCCGUUUAUACAAAAAGACGCUAUUUGUAUACGUCUGAAUGUUGCGACUAUGCUUGUUUGUUUUGAUCCAGGUAGGGACCUGAACUCGAAUUCACCCGCUGUUGAGACAUGGCAAGACUCGCUGCGACGCGGCGCCGGCGACCGCGACGUCACGACCGACGUCACGACCGGCGGCACCAACGAGCGAACGGCGGUCGACGGCGACGACACUCGCCACCUCGGACUCCACCGGCAACGGACUACUCUUCUGAACUAG